GGAAGAGAGGCGUAUCCGUUCUGUCGUGAUGUGGGGAGGUAGCAAACUGAGCUCCUCCGGGAGUCGAAUUUUAGAAGGACUUAGAUUGGGAUUCCAGAGGACACAGGCUGACUCUUCUCGCUUAACUACGUCGGCGGUUUAUCCAAAGAAUCAGCUCAGUUGGAUUCCGCAAAUUAAACCAUGGGUUUUCAAUGAAAACAGAAUCAUGUGGUUCAAAUCCUAUAGCAUGACUUUUGCCUGCCUGAAUUGGAUGAAAAUUUUUAGGCUCCCUUGGACAAGACCAUACAGUACUUCACAGACCACUGUAGACACGAGUGAAGUGAGGACCUUCCUGGCCCUGGCUCACAAGUGGUGGGACGAGCAAGGAGUAUAUGCACCCCUGCACUCUAUGAAUGACCUGAGGGUGCCAUUCAUUAGAGAUAAUCUUUUAAAAACAGUUGCUGAUCACCAGCCAGGAAAACCUUUGUCUGGGAUGAAGAUUCUUGAUGUUGGUUGUGGUGGUGGCUUGUUAACAGAACCUCUAGGGCGGCUUGGGGCUUCGGUCGUUGGAAUCGAUCCUGUGGAUGAGAACAUUAAAACAGCACAGCACCAUAAAUCAUUCGACCCAGUCCUGGAUAAGAGGAUAGAGUACAGAACGUGUUCCCUGGAGGAGAUUGUGAAAGACACUGUGGAGACGUUCGAUGCUGUCGUAGCUUCUGAAGUUGUUGAACAUGUGAUUGAUCUAGAAACAUUUAUACAGUGCUGCUUUCAAGUGUUAAAGCCCGAGGGUUCUUUAUUCAUUACUACAAUCAACAAAACACAGCUGUCCUAUGCCUUGGGAAUUGUUUUUUCAGAGCAAAUUGCAGGUAUUGUACCAAAAGGUACUCAUACCUGGGAGAAGUUUGUUUCACCUGAAAAGCUAGAGAGCAUUCUGGAAUCAAAUGGUCUGUCAGUUCAGACUGUGGUGGGAAUGCUCUACAACCCCUUCUCAGGUUACUGGCAUUGGAGUGAAAACACGAGCCUUAACUAUGCAGCUCAUGCCCUGAAAUCCAGCCUCCAGGAACACCCAGCGCCUGCUGAGUUUGCUUUAAAGGGGGAAACAGAAGAGCUCCAAGCUGAAGCCUCCACCAACACAGGUGUGCAGGAAGAGCUGAAGAAAUGAAGUGUUUCUAAGGACUGUAGUAUAAUGGCUUGAAGGUCUGAUGUUUACAAAUACACAAAGUAUAUACUGUUUGUUUCUUGAGACAGGAUCAUAGAGAAAAAGUCAAUAAAAAGGGCUAAAACCUAGAUAAAA